AUGGCGAACCGAAAGUACACAGCCAUAUCUCAGGCUAAAGAAGCCCGUAGAGAGUACAAUAUACUCGCACAGCAAAGAUAUAGAGAGUAUGUGUUCAAUUCGUGCCCGUUCAAUGUAACUCAAGAGCAUCCUCUUCGUGCCUCACUUGCCCCAUUGGAACAUGUGACUAGUAUUGAUCAAGCGCUUAACGAACUCUUGGCCAGCAUUGAAGACCCAUGCGUCCAGAAAUCUUUACAGGAUCCGAUUGCGCGCAUCGAUUCCAGAUUCAAAGAUCUUGUCAACCGGGUGCACCGAAAAGAGCAGCUUGUUAUGCCCACAAUCCAUUACAGUCCACAUGCGUCGGCUGCAGUUUGUAACAGAGAGCACAACAUGUUGGCAGAUACGAUCGCAUCACUCAGCACACAGGUAUACAGGUACCGUGCCCAUCAUAUGAAUCUCACAGAAAUCAAAAGUCUCAGCGCACAGUUAAUGCAGGUGGCCAUGUUUCCUAAAAAUAUCCACACGAUAUGCGACGCUUCUACAGUGAUUAGCGAUUGCGGCUUCACCUCUGCAAGCAGCAUCCCCAAAGUCAAGUCAUCUUGA